AUGUCUGCAAGCAUUCGAAUCCUACAUCGCCAGCUUUCAACACAGUCUGCAGAAAGAGGCAAACAGUGGGCUGGCUAUUCAGCAAUGAAACAUCUGAUUCAAUCUAAACCCUCCGUCAUUGGUAUUGGCUCAGGAAGCACGAUAGUGUAUGCCAUAGAGUAUUUGAAGCAACACCCGUUUUCAAGUGAUGUUGUCUGUAUACCCACCAGCUUUCAGACGCGGCAACUCAUUCUGCAAAACAACUUGAGACUGGGAUCACUGGAUAAUUAUCCUGUCGUCGAUAUGACAAUUGAUGGUGCUGAUGAGAUUGAUCGAGAAUUGAAUGCCAUCAAAGGAGGAGGAGCCUGUCUAUUCCAAGAAAGAUUGGUAGCGCAAGCAUCCGAUAGAUUCAUCCUUGUUGCAGACGACAGAAAGAGAUCAGAUCAGUUAGGGACAAAAUGGACCAAAGGUGUUCCUGUGGAAGUGAUACCGAUGGCAUUUACAACUGUUCAAUAUCAAGUCGAGCGAAUGUUUCCGACUGCAUCGAUAAAGCUGAGGAUGGCAACACCUACAGAUAAAGCUGGUCCUGUUGUAACAGAUAAUGGAAAUAUGAUUUUGGAUUGUCACUUUGGACCUAUUUCAGAUCCUGAAUCACUGUACAAGGAGAUUAAAUGCUUAACUGGUGUUUUAGACGUGGGCUUGUUCUGCAAGAUGGCAGAGAGGGCCUUCAUAGGCGAUAACAAAGAGGAUAAAGGGGAGGUGAUUACGCUGAGCUAG